AAACGCUUACGACCAUUGAGUGAUGCUCUACAUUACUCACCUUUCUUAAUUCAGUCUGUGUUAUCAUUCUUUUCUGGACUUGGUUUGUCCAAUAAAGAAUUGCCAAUUGGUUAAAAUAGUACAUUUUUAUGCAAUUUCGUUGACAGUGGUUGUUGAAGAUUGUGCUUUGGGCUAUAAUUAAAAAGCAAACAUAUUUUUUCCUUGAUAAAGCGGUAAAAAAAUAACCCGGCAUUGGAACAGCUAUUUUCUCUACAUACGAUCAAAACGUACAUAGUUUAAAUGUCUUCAACCGAAGUAAAGCUAUCGCGGCUGCUGAUCUUAGCCCAAAAGUUUAACAACUUUUACCUUUCAGGUUUUCAAAAGUGUGACAUUCGUCCAUUUGUGGUUGAGGGCCAACAAGUUGGUCUUAUUAAGUCAGAUGUUUUGAAACAUCUCGAAAAGUAUCCAGAGGUAUUUUGCAUUCGUGCUUGUGAGCAAACUAAACAGGGUUUGGUAGAGCUGAAUCCAGCUUUUCGUGACUACAACGAGCGCACUGAGCAGCUGGAAAAGGUUUUGCGUAACCUGCGCUCUGAGGACCUUUUUCCUGCAUUACAGGGAUGGAGGGAUGAGUAUUUUGAGGUAAAAGCAGACUGCAAAGCCCUACUUAAAAUGGAACGAGCAGCCACUCCGCUCUUUGGAGUACGCAAGUAUGGCGUAGAUAUAAACGGUUACGUAAGGCACCCAACGCUUGGAUUAUGCAUUUGGCUGCAGCAGCGGUCUAACACAAAAGAGACCUGGCCUGGAAAGUGGGACAAUAUGGUAGGCGGUGGACUUUCAGUCGGCUUUGGUAUAAAGGAAACAGCCAUUAAGGAGGCUGCUGAGGAGGCAUCUAUUCCUUGCGAUCUAGUCAAGAAUUUGGUGUCCGCAGGGUGUGUCUCAUUUUACUUUGAAAGCCGACAAGGUCUUUUUCCCAACACCGAAUAUGUUUUUGACUUAGAGCUACCACUUGACUUUGUACCUCAAAACGCUGACGGGGAAGUCCAGGCCUUCGAGCUGCUAACAGCCAAGGACUGUGUGGAGCGCGUUUUUACUUCAGAUUUCAAGACAACUUCAGCGCCUGUGGUGAUCGACUUUCUUAUCCGACACGGGCAUAUAACAGCAGAUGAUGUGGUUGACUUUACGCAAAUCGUUGAGCUCUUGCACGUGCCAUUACAGUCCCUAUAUACGUACAAGGCUCGCUUUGAGCAAUCCAAAAAGCACCCUCAAUUCUUGCCAGGUGGUUCGAAAAACUGCAACUGUGCAAUAUUACAGAAAAUAUCGGUGGAGAAUGGGCACAAGAAGGCAAAUUAAUCCGAAAUGCAAUUUCUUAUAAAUAAAAAAUUAGGUAGGGCUACAAAGAAAUAUUAAUGAAACGCUAAACAAAAAAAAGUGUAUGUAAUUGACGUGGACUUUCCUACAAGUCUGGUUAUAUUGUGCUAGCGACUCCAUAUAAUUACUUUCUUUUCAGCAAAGUUCAUAAAAACUACAACUUUCUUACAAGGUUUUUUCAUUUCGGAUUAUCAGUCAGCUUUAACAAGUAUAAUUAUUACAAAUUAUUAAAUAUUUCAACAUUUAAAUAGUCCUUUAUCAACUGUCAAGAGUUUUUAAAGCAAUUCCAUUUUUAAAAGGUGUACUCGUUCGUAUUGCUGUCCUCCUUAACAAAGAGGCUCAGGCUGUAUAUCAAGUUUAUCAACUGUUAUUUGGUCAUACGUAGGCUAAAUUUAUCCAAACCAAAACCAUCUAACAUAUAAAUAACAAAAUAAUGACACCUUCUACGAUUCUGCUGAAAAAUUAUAAAAAUUUUAAGGUAUGUUUAGGUAGAUUAAGAAUAAUAUUUAUUGUUUUAGGGUAUGUGUAGGUGUGGUCUUGUUUUGUUUUUUUUUUAUUGGUAUACAACUUACUAUUACUUACUAUUACAACUUUACUAUUUUGUAAAUAUGAUUAUAUAAUCUCCAAUAUACUUGUCAAAUAUAAAGAAAAUAUCACAAUAAUUUUUUUUUUCAAACUAUUAAAUUUAUUUAAACUUUUAUAUUAUAGCAAUGUGAAUUAACUAUAGUCUAUUUAUAUAUAAUAUCACAACUUGCAUCUGUUAUUAUAUGUAGAAACCAAAGUGCUCA